AUGGGAGGAUUGCCUCAUCAGAAUGGAAGACAUACUAUAAGUCUACUUGAUUUAGCUGCGAAUUUGCGAUAUUUCGGUGAAUGCAGACUGGUAGCAUUGUUACUAGAGCGCCGCUUUAUAUUUGCCAAAGUUAUUGGUAUUACCAAGCUCGCAGAUGAUCCUUUAAAAGAGCAAGUUACUGAUGAAUCCAAUAGAUAA